GACUCCCCUGAUGAUGGCUUGCACCAGGCAAAACUUGGAGGUGAUCAAAGCUCUCGUGGAGCAUGGAGCCAACCCGCUGCUGAAAAACAAGGACGGUUGGAAUUGCUUCCAUAUCGCGAGCCGGGAGGGCCAUCCCCAGGUCCUCCGGUACCUCCUGGAUGUGUCCCCGGGCUGCUGGGACACGGAGAGCACGAUAAAGAGAACGCCUCUGCACACAGCAGCAAUGCACGGCUGUUUGGACGCUGUGGAGCUGCUUCUGGAGCGGUGCCAGUACAAACCUGACAGCAGAGACAAAUGUGGAGUCACUCCCUUUAUGGAUGCUAUCCAGAACGGGCACGUCAACAUCGCCCGGCUGCUCCUGGAUAAACACCAGGCCUGUCCUACAGCUGUGGACGCGAUAGGUGCUCAGCCUCUGCACCGAGCAGCCGUCACGGCCCAGGAUGAAGCCAUCCAGUUCCUCAUCACCGAGCUGGGUGUCGAUGUCAAUGAGAGAGCGACAAGCCUCCAGCUCACAGCGCUCCACUACGCAGCCAAGGAAGGACACGCACACACCAUCCAGACGCUGCUGUCCCUCGGCGCAGACGUCCACCUGAAGGAUGGGAAGAGCCGUUCAGCCCUGCACACAGCUUGCGCUGCGCAGCAGGCGGACGCUGCACGGAUCCUGCUCCGCGCUGGGCUGCAGGACACCCCGGAUGGCACGGGGACGCUGGCACGGCAGCUCGCAAGGAAGCCAGAUGUCCUCCAGGUUUUCCAGGAAAUUAAUAUCAGCACGUGA